AUGGUUUCCGACGAGCAGAUCGAGCAUGAGCGUCGCCAACACGCCCGCAUCGGGUCAUACUUCCUCGGUCCCCGCGCCGAGAACUUUGAUCUCCUCAGUGAAUUCAUCACUCAUGUCUUGAACGAACAAAAAAACACGCGAGAGAACCUCUACAAAGAUGAUCCAGCUUUCAUUACCCAAGACAUGAUCAAGACUGAGGAGUUCCAAGGUAGCAUUGCUCAGCUCCGUGAAGAUGUCAAGGACAUCUCCAAGAAGUUGUCCACCAACUCGAUUCCUUUCUGGUCGCCGCGGUAUAAUGCUCAUAUGAACAUGGAUACCGCUAUGCCUAGUAUCAUUGGAUAUAUGGCGGCUAUGAUGUAUAACCCCAACAACGUUGCGACAGAAGCUAGUCCCUAUACUACUGGCGUAGAGCGUGAUGUCGGCAAGGACCUUUGCCGCAUGUUAGGCUACGGCUACGGUGUCGGUGGUGAAGACUCAGAUGUUGUACCAUGGGGUCAUAUUACAUGCGAUGGCUCGGUCGCCAAUCUUGAAGCCAUCUGGGCAAUUCGAAACCUCAAGUUUUACCCACUAUCUCUCAAGCUCGCCAUGGCCGAAGGCGCACCUCUCAACUUCCUCACUACAAUUGAGCCGCCCUUCAAGGUCACUACCUGCAAAGGCGAAGAAAAGCCCUUCACCGAGUUGUCCACCUGGGAGCUUCUCAACCUGAAGCCAACUGCCAUUCUCCAGAUCCCCACUCGCUUGACGAGCGAAUAUGCCAUCUCCGCCACUUUCCUGCAGACUGCUCUGCACGAUUAUCUGAUUCAGACGGUCGGAAAAGAAUAUGUCGACCAAAAGUUUGGUAUCACCAAGCCUGCCAAGUUCUUUGUUAGUGCUACGAAGCAUUACUCUUGGCCCAAGGGUGGAGCUAUCUCUGGUCUUGGCUCCGACAACUUUGUCGAUAUUGCCGUUGACGAAGAAGCACGCAUGGACAUUUCCAGCCUCCGCGCCCAUCUCGAGUCCUGCAUCCAAGGUGACGAUGAAUCUCAGUACACACCCGUCUUUGGCGGUAUUGUCAUCAUUGGAUCAACUGAACAUGGUGCGUGUGAUCCGCUUCGUCAAGUCGUUGAGCUUCGCGAAGAAUUCCAAGCUCGUGGUUUGUCAUUCGCCAUUCAUUGCGAUGCUGCGUGGGGAGGCUACUUCGCUUCCAUGAUUGAGCGUAGGAUGUUCGCUCCCAUUCCUGGUGGAGACUUGCCGUUUGUUCCCAAGUUGGCUAUCCAGCCCUAUACGAGAGAGCAGCUUGAAUGUCUGCCUUUUGCUGAUAGCAUCACCAUUGAUCCUCACAAGUCCGGCUAUAUCAACUAUCCCGCCGGUGGCCUCUGUUACCGUGAUCAGCGCAUGCGCUACCUCAUCACCUGGACCAGCCCAAUUGUCUACCAUCAGGGAGACGAAACGGGAAGCAUGGGAGUCUAUGGUGUUGAGGGAAGCAAGCCUGGAGCUGCAGCCGUAGCAACAUGGCUGACUCACAAGACCCUCGGGCUUGAAGUUGACGGAUAUGGUAGACUCCUCGGAGAAGCCAUCUUCACCUGUACCAAGCUCUACUGCCACUGGGCCACUUUGACCAAGCCUGAAGACGACCUGAUCGUUGUACCCCUCAUCAGACUGCCAAUCGAGCGCAAUGGCGGCUCAGCUGAGGACGUUGCGAAAGAAAAGGAACGUAUCCGUUCCAAGAUUCUUGGAGUCAGUAACGAGGAUCUGUUCAAGGAUGAAGAGACUUGGGAGCUUCUUGAGACACUUGGUGGUGAUUUGAUGAUCAACGCUUUCGCUUGCAACUUCCGGAUCAAUGGCAAGCCCAACACCAAUAUCGUAGAAGCCAAUUAUCUCAAUGAGCGCAUCUUCCAGCGUCUGUCCUACACCAUCGAAGAUGACAAGACUCCGAUCUCUGACCGUCCCUUGUUCCUCACCUCGUCAUCAUUCGGCGAGAAGGCUUAUGGAAAGUGUUUGACUAACUUCAAACGACGUCUUGAGCUCUCAAACGAGGCGUAUCCUGCGCACGGAGAUCUGAAAUUCUUAGUCAAUGUUACGAUGAGUCCUUGGCCUACGGACUCACCAUUCCUUGAGAGCUUGGUUACUUCGUUUAGAAAGAUCGCAGAGGAAGAGGUGCAGCACGUACUUACUCGCAACACCGAGAAUCCAGAUAUCCACGGCUUCGUGGUUCAAGGUCACGAAAAGAUCUACCUCGUCCACAUUCCCAUGUUCAACAUGGCCGCUCACCGUUGGCAAGUCAUCAUCACCGCCGAGCUCCCUAGCGACGUCAAGGAACUCUACCAGAAGCUUCGUAAAGAGAAUCCAGACAAGUUCUACACCAUUGCCAACGUGGAGCCUGAGAAACUCGGUAAUCUUCUUGAGUCAACCGGUGAUGUUGAGUUCCGCCUGGACGACGGCAUUCCAGAAGGUGACGCUGAACCUCUGGCCAAGUUCAAGCUUUCCAACAUUGACGUUGUCAUCAAGCGAUCCAUGUCGCAUGAUGACUUGGACAAAGAAUACCCUGAUAGAAUGCCCUUCUAUCUUUAUGGAAGCAAUGCCGAGGCUAAUAUUGACCAUGUGCUGAGGACUUCGCCCAAUGCUCAACUCAGUGGAGAUCGCGUCAAGCUCAAUCUCAACCCGGCAUUAAGCGAUGAGCAGCUUGGCAAGGGUGUAGUGGCUGUACUAGAAGACGUCUAUGAGAACGCAAUUCAGCCGCUACCCCAAGAGAAGAAUGAGGCGGAAAAGUUGGUGGUCAAAACUGAUGCGUCUGGACUGUCGCUUGUUGCCGAUCACAAGCACAAGGUCUCGGUGUACAGUAACUACGAUGAGUUCCUUGGCGGGUCCAAGCCGAUUGCAAGUGGUGACUUGAGUCUCACAUCCAAGAUCUUUGCUGAUUGGGAAUUGGUCAAUAUGGAUUAA